ACGGUAUGCGGAAGCUAAGCUGUAAUUUUAAUGUUGAAUGAAGAGUACAAUUAAUUUUUCAUGCUUGUCUAACAUAAUUUUCAGUGAAGCAAAUAAAUUUACCUCUGGUGAAUCAAAAUACGUGAAGGAUUUCAGUCAGGCUAAUUUCGUAUAAAAAGACGACUUGCACGUGCCUUGGAGAGCUUACAAUGUUUCCAAGUUCAGGAAAUUUGCCUAACUUAUCGGCUAUAUGGGCCAGUGAGGAGUGCUCAGAGUCAUUUUGUGCAGGGGAGAACUUUCUUACACGAAUGUUUGAUUACAUGUUACAAUUUGUGAAAGAAUUAGGUCAAGGAUGUCAGAUAGAACUUUUUAAAAGAUAUAUAAAAACUCCCUUGCAGGAAUUCAUUAUCAGAAUACAUAGAAUGGCACAAUUCAUUGAAAAGCAAUCACAGGUGGAGUCGCUGAUGAAAAGCUAUGUUGAUGGCGCAAAUGACCCUGACCGUGGAAAGUCAUAUGAAAAGCAUAUUCCAACGAAGAGAAAGCUUGGCCGUACAUCUAAAGACAUUAGUUGGUCUGAACAUGUACCAAACACAAGCAGUUUUCAGUCAGAGAUCUGCCCCGAUAACUGUAGCCGGAAUUCUUUCCAUCUCAUCAAAGAGGAGAAUAUAAAAGAGACAUCAUUGCUGGAAGUAGAGGUUCCGUCAGAAAUCUUUCAAAUCAGUAAUACCGAGGAAGAACUUACCAUCCAGAAAUCUCACAGGAAACAUAUGCAAAUGGAAAUGUGUUUCGCAUACCGGAAACGCCCGAGUGUUCUUUACGACUGUAUUAAAGUGAAUGUAGACGCCGUCAUUAUGGACUGUUGGUUUUACGAACAAAAUCAUCUUGAACUUAAUAUUCUACAUUCGGCGUUGAAAAUGUGGCUUUACGCACAAGAAACAAGGUACCAAAACGCGAGUAGUUGUCAGCGACAUACAGGUAUAUGUGCUGCAGAAAGCAUAGAAGAGCCAUGCAGAUUAAAUGAAAAUGCCCAUAUAAAACAGGCCUUUCACAAUGAUUAUGAAAAUUCAGUUGAGAAAACCUGUUUAAAAGAAACAGACUGUGUACCAAAGAAGAAAACAGUGAAGGUCGGAAGUGAAACAGGGGAGUCUAAAGAAAACAUUCUUGAAAAUGGUACAUCAAAUAGAGGAAUAUACAAGAGAAGGUCCUGGCGGCUGCUUGAACUCAUAAAUGUUUUGCUUUUUUUGCAAGCUCUUUUGUCAUCAGUCUGUGGAGCUCCACAACCUACAGAACCGAACGCUUCAAAUAAAGAGAUGGUGCAAUCGAAACAAAUACUACUUACGAGAAACUGUAACCAGGAAAAUCUCUAUGAUUUAAAUCAAACAGAUUUUUCUCAGCUUAUGCUUCUUACUGACAUGUGUCGCUUUAAGGAACUUUGCAGUUUAGAAGAAGAGCCAGUUUGCCUAAUCACACAAGGCAAAGACGUAUUCGUCUGCCAAAGAAAGAACUUAAAAUGCACGAAAGAUAGUGCAUGCACGGAACCAUGCGGAGACAGAUAUGUUAGGAACGACUACGGCGUCGUUAAUUUCAAAUCUACCGAACAUCAUCAAUCAUAUAGCAGAGGUUGUGUGACAAAUAUAACUGUUAGACACGACCACGAAGGCGUACUUUUUCUGGUAAUUGUGUUGACAGUUAUUGCAUGCUACUGUUUAAAAAUAGACUGUAAAUGUGCAAUGUCAUUUUGCAAGAGAGGGGAACAAUUCAGACAAUAUUUUGCACGUUAUAUACAAACUGAAGGAGCUAUUGUAAAGAUUGGAAUCAUUUCACAAGAACUAGAUGCAAGCAAUGGUAAUGACGGUGAUGAAGUUGAAUUCAAUUAUGACGCUGAGGCUUUUGCUUUAGAUGAUGGGGCUAUUACAGAUGUCGACGGUUAUGACAGUAGAGACAAUUUUGAAGAUUUUGGCUGCAAAGUGAUUCUUUUGACAAAGCAUUCUUUUGAUGCUUCUAACAACAAAGCAGAACCACAUCUUGAAAACACAGAGAACAAAAGAAAAGAGUCAUUGAGGAAGAAACACCAAGAUGUAAACACUAUCGUAUCCUCAGCAGACAACGAUGAAUUUGAAAAAGGCAGAAACGCACAUGCGAAGUUUAGCAGACCGGUUUCAGAUGUCGAAAGUAAGAAACAGAAUGAGAAGGUACCAAUGGAAAUAAAACAGAAAGUAGCCGAAACUUCUAGCUUUUAUCAUUCAAUACAAGCGAUGGCAAAGUUUAUAAACACUUUGAGACCUCUAGUCGUACUGGGAAUGCUCACACUAGUGGAUUCUAAGUCUUUAGCUAGCAGAAGUAGAGGUGCAACCGAUCAAAAUAUUUAUUCGUACGACCUGCUUAUUACAAGUCCCUGCAGUCUAACAACUUUUAAUAGAUCACAACCAUGUCAACUUAGUGGAUAUCAAUUAGCAGAUACGAUCCAACAUUGCGGAUUCCAAGAAAUGUGUAAAGAAGGAUACAAAGCGAGAUGUGUGAACACGCUGCAAGGUGGUAUGGCGCAUAUCUGCUCCCCGGCAAAUCUAUCAUGCCAAGAGGGCAUACGGAGAAAAGCUUGGAUAGAUAAGGACAAUCAAAGUGUUGUAAGAGUUCAGGAAGAAAAGUGCCCUAAGGGCACAUUUCAACCCGCCAAGUCAAAUUGUUUUGACGCAUGUACGGAGAAACAUUUGGAUACCACAAAUAUUCCGGAGAAGUAUGUGUUAUACCGUAAAGGCAACGCCAGCUCAGCGACAUAUGUCUACUGUAAUUACAAGAAGAGAUAUUUCAAUCUAAAAAACAAAACAUUACUUAACUAUGAUCAAGAAAGUGCUUACGAUCAUUACUUCUGUUUGCAUAUAAAUGACAUUCCUCCACAUUUGAUUAAUUGUUCUGGACAGAAAUCGCCGCUUCCAAACGGUACAUGCGCCUCUGAAUGUUUGCCAGGAGAAUGUAGAGAUGACCAUGACGACUUUAUCUGCAAAUUGAAUUGCAGUCACAGUGCAGUGGACAGUGAUGAUGAUGAUAAAGUUGUACAGCUAAAUGAAGAUGAAUGCCAUAAAGACUAUGAUCUUUGCAAAAAUGGUGUAUGUCACAAUACGCCUGACGGCUACAUGUGCGAAUGUUCUGAAGGGUUUACGCUUGACCGAAAAACGCAGGAAUGUCUUGAAACCCAACUGAAUCAGAAUGUUAUCGAGGUAUACAAAAUACAAGAGCCAGACAUAACACAAGACAAGCCAACAUAUACGAACAACUUGUUAAUUGUGCUAUCAUCAAUUUCAGGUGUUCUUCUAUUACUGCUGAUUGUUCUCGUACUUACCGUUCUGUGUUUAAGAUAUCGGCGUAAAACAGCCAGCGACGCCCCAUCUACUUCAUCUGAUGGAAGUGAAGAGUGUACGCCGUCUACUUCGUCUAUGUCGACUGUUCGUCGUCUUUUAAUUUAUUUUCCUCAUUAUGUAGCUUCUGAGGUUACUGAAACUAAACCUAUGAAUGGAAAAGUACUUCCGAUUAACAAAGUCAAGGAGAUGGAAAUUAAAACUUCUAGCCAUGUGGUGUUUGAAAAGGAAGUACAAUCUGUUCAUAUUUACCAGAACAAAAAUGGUACAGAAAGUGUCAAUCAACAUUCACGGAAACAAAAUUGCAUGGUGGACGUGAAUAGAUGUGAUGAACGUUUCGAUUUGGCGACAGAGGAUAGACAGACUACAAACAGUAAGAUAGUUAGAGAAAAUAAAAAUGAAACCGACGUAACAAGAUUACAAGAGGUCAAAGACUGUGAACCUGCAUUUCACGAUGAUGUAACAAUUCCACUACUGCCUAUGGAACCUGAUUUAGGCUGUGAGGAGGAGGAAUCAUCAAAGCAUCGUCAGAAUGAUGACGCAAAAGAUCUACAUGAGUUUAAAAAAGAUAUUGAUGACACUGAUACACAAGCUGAAGUGAUCAGCAAGAAGGACUCUAUGAUGUCAUGCGGAGCACUUAUCUACAAGAACAAAGUAGCUGGAACUGUGUUUCGUGUUGGGGCUUUUUUUGUAAUGACGGCCUUUCAUGUGAUUAGAGACAUCAUCAAAGAUCCAACAGGAAAGAGACGCUAUGUUUAUUCGCGCCUUGAAAAUUCCAAUGAUGUAACUGUAAACUUCAAUGGAUCUAUUCUCCACCCUUCCAGGCGAAGGUUCCGUUUAAAACACCGUUUUCACGAUGAACAAUUAGAUGUGGCAAUCCUUGAGAUAAUGGACAUUACAGAUCUCGAAGAUAUUCCAAAAGGACUUCUAUUAUGGAAAUACGACAUUGUUCACUUAGAGGUGAAAAAGAUUUCCAUGAUAGGCUUUGGGCAUGCAGGUAAUCCUUAUGAAAAAUAUUCGGAAACAUGUGAAAUUAUACAGGAUUUUCAGAAACGGUACAGGGAAGCACUUGCCAGUUUAAGUAACAACAGGCAAGAAUAUAUAGAUGACUUACAGAGAAGCAGAAAGGAUCCAUCAUUUGUAGACUUCGGAUACGCAAAUCUUGACAGCCAAGACUUUAUUAAAUUUGAUUGCUUCAUGACAAACGGACUUUCAGGAGGACCUAUCCUAAAAAUUGAUGGCAAUUCGACUAAAGUUAUUGGCAUAGUUUUAGGCGGAAAACCAGAUUUUUAUUAUCAGUUGUCUACCAAAAAACAACAUUCGUUUGAAAAGAGAUACUUAUUUGAAGUUGGAAUGAAAAUGCAAAUGAUAUAUGAGAAAAUCGUUUCGAAAGAUAGAGCCCUUGCCGAACAAAUCUUUUACGGAGAAUAAGAGCAACAAAUAACACAUUUUGGAUGUUCUCCGAUACCCGUCUCUUUCACUGUUGUUUACAUUUAAUAUCUAAAGGUUUGAAGCUCGUAUUACUUGUUUUGAAAAACAGGCAUCUACUCUAGAGAUAGAUAUACGUCUGCUGACGUUUCAAUCAGAAUAAGAUCAGUUGUUAUUUACAUACAUUCUACUUAUUGUUAGGAAGGCAUACAGUUAAUUAAAAUUGUUUAGGUCAAAUGUAUAUCUGCUUUGCUUUUUCGCUCAAAAACUCAAUCAAAACUGCGAACUAAAAAUAAGAAAAAUCAAGAUUUUAGUGCAAGCGUGAAAAUAAUUAGAACUGUCAAGUUAGUAUGUGCAAAAUAUCGAGCCAAAAACUCGUGCGAAAUAGCAAUUAUGACAGAAGCAGUCUUAAUUAAGCGUAUGGAAGUUUUUAUAUAAAUGUAUAUGCACAUAUUACAUAGAUUAUAAUACUUUCCUAUACUCUUGUGUACAUACUAUCAUGCCUCAUCUUUUGUAUCAUUUUUUUAGCUCACAUGAGCCAAAGGCUCAGGGUGAGCUAUAGUGAUCACUCACCGUCCGGCGUCCAUCGUCCGUCGUCCGUUGUCCGUCCGUAAACUUUCACUUUAAACGACAUCUCCUCAUAAACCGCUGGGCCAAUUUCAUCCAAACUUCACAAGAAUGUUCCUUGGGUAAAGCUCUACAAAAAUUAUUCAAACAAUUGAAUUCCAUGCAGAACUCUGGUUGCCAUGGCAACCGAAAGGAAAAACUUUAAAAAUCUUCUUCUCAAAAACCAGAAGCCCUAGAGCUUAGAUAUUUGUUGUGAAGCAUUGCCUAGUAGACCUCUGCCAAGUUUGUUUAAAUUGACCCCGGGGUCAAAAUUGAUCCCGCCCGAUGGGUCAUAUGAUUUUACAUAGAAAAAUCUUAAAAAAUCUUCUUCUCAAAAACCAGAAGCUCUAGAGCUUAGAUAUUUGACAUGACCCCAGGGGUCACUUGAUUUUACAUAGAUUUCUAUAGGAAAAUCUUCAUUUUAAAAAAAUAAUAUAAACCAGAAGGCCUAGAGCUUAGAUAUUUGACAUGUAGCAUUGCCUAGUGAACCUCUACAAAAUCUGUUCAAAUCAUGACCCCCGGGUUCAAAAUUGACCCCGCCUCAGGGGUCACUUGAUUUUACAUAGGAAAAUCUUCAAAGUUUCUAAAAAUAAACCAGAAGGCCUAGAGCUUAGAUAUUUAACAUGUAGCAUUGCCUAGUAGACCUCUACAAAAUGUGUUCAAAUCAUGACCCCGCCCCAGGGGUCACUUGAUUUUACAUAGGAAAAUCUUCAAAAAAAAAUUCUAAAAAAUAAACCAGAAGGCCUAGAGCUUAGAUAUUUAACAUGUAGCAUAGCCUAGUAGACCUCUACAAAAUUUGUUCAAAUUAUGACCCCGGGGUCAAAAUUGACCCCGCCCCAGGGGUCACUUGCUUUUACAUAGGAAAAUCUUCAAAAAAAAUUCUAAAAUAAACCAGAAGGCCUAAAUCUUAGAUAUUUGACAUAUAGCAUUGCUUAGUACACUUCUACAAAAUUUGUUCAAAUCAUGACGCCCGGGGUCAAAUUGACCCCGCACCAUGGGGUUACUUGAUUGUACAUAGAAAAAUCUUCAAAAUUUUGUAAAAAAAAACCCAGAAGCCCUAGAGCUUAGAUAUUUGCCUAGUGGACCUCUACAAAAUUUGUUCAAAUCUUGACCCCCCAUUGUCAAACUGACUCAGCCCCAGGGGUUACUUGAUUGUACAUCGGAAAAUCAUUAGUUUGACAUUUGAAACAUGUAGCUGAUUUUACUCAGGUGAGCGAUCCAGGGUCAUCAUGACCCUCUUGUUUAUAGUUACGUUUGAUUUCUUUUAAAAUUUGUGUUUGUUUACCAAUAUAAUUUGAAGUCUGUGUAUAUAAUGUUUACUUUAUUUCCCUUUCACAUUGAGUAAUUGAAAUAAGAGAAUGAUAUGAAUAGUACACCUUUAGACCAAGUAUUAAAUUUAUAUUUUGAAACUUUAAAAGAUUUGUAAAAUUUAAAAGAUUCGUUAAAAGUACCAAUAGGGCAUCCAAAGUAAUAGUACAACUAUUAUAUAUUGAGAUAUGUGAUCCAUUAUGCAGAGUGUAAUCAGAUAUUUGAAAACAAUGAAUAUAUUUUGAUGAAAUUAUGUUUAAGGGAAAAUGCGGAUAUGAUAUUGACCUUAUUUUAUAUUCAUUUUUAUACAAAUUAUUCUAAAAUAUCAUUUUUCUAAAGUAUACUCUCUAAUCAUUCAUAGUUUCAAGCUGGCACAUUCAUAGUGUGUACUCUUAGUUUUAGAACUAUUCCUAAUCAAUUUCUUAACGAUUGUUUCAUAUGGUACCAAUGAUAUUAUUACAAUAAUUACUUUUGUUAAAUAUGUAAAGGUAAAGUUUGAGUGUGUAAAAAAGUAAAAUGAUCUUUAAUUUCAAAAUUCUUUAAAAACAAUGGUUUGUUUCAUUUCCAUUUGUAAACAAGAUUAAAUACAUAAGUAACACAUAA